AGGAGGUGAGGAGCGGGUAUGGUGGGACAGCUCAGAUCUAUGUUCUCGUUGAUACUGACGCUCUUCCUCCUCCUGAGCCUGCUCACAACGCUCAUCUGGUACACGUACAACGACAGUAAAAUUGAGCCGAGGAGCCAGUCUUCACAGAAGCAGCUCGUGUCGGACUCUGACGGCUGUGGUGGAUGCAGUGAGAUUAUUGCCAAAGUGGUGAAAGAUUAUUCUCCCACGUGGAAAAAACAAGACGACAACUUCAACAGAUUCAGGUCCCAGCUGACUUCCAGGUGUGAUGGUUUUCAUAAGGCCAUAAUCUCACAGACCAACACUCCACUGGGAACCAGACUUAUCUACGAUGGAGAGAAGAAGAAAAGUAUUCAGAUCAACAAGGACCUCUUCAACACGUUCCUAAAGGGCAACCCCUUUUCCAAUAAAAGUCUGGACACAUGUGCUGUUGUUGGGAAUGGAGGGAUUCUGGCCAAUAGCAGCUGUGGGGAGGCCAUAGACUCCGCCCAGUUUGUGAUCAGAUGUAACCUCCCUCCUUUAGAAAACGACUACAGGAAACAUGUAGGGAACAGAACAGACAUCGUGACUGCAAACCCCAGCAUCUUUAUGGAAAAAUAUGGGGGACUAAUGGGUCGCCGGCGCCCGUUUGUGGAGAGUCUAAAUGUCUAUGGAAACUCCAUGCUGCUGAUUCCCGCCUUCUCCUACGGCCACAAUACGCCCUUGUCUAUGCGGGCCUUUUACUCCAUCGAGGAUUUCAGGAGCCCCAUCCGCCCCAUUUUCUUCAACCCCGAGUACCUCCAAAAACUGGCGAUGUUCUGGCGGUCGCAGGGCCUCCGAGCGGUUCGCCUUAGCACAGGGCUAAUCAUGGCUAGCUUAGCGCUGGAAGUCUGUAACAACGUGCAUCUGUUUGGAUUUUGGCCCUUUAGUAAUCACCCGUAUGGGCUUGCUCCGCUCAUGAAUCACUACUACGACGACAGACAAACGAAGAAGAAGUUCCAUGCCAUGCCGGCCGAGUUUGAGCUCCUGCUGAAGCUGCACAAUCAGGGAGUGGUCCAUCUUCACCUAGGCCAGUGCCCGCCUCCAAAACGACCAUUAAAACCCUUUAAUGCCAUUAACCCUUUAACACCUACAGAUUAAAUAUAAACUGUAAAGACCAGAGCGUCUCAGAUGAGAUCAUUGUACGUGCAGUGAUGGAGAUUGAAGACUGGUCCAAUCAGGUCCAAUCAGAGAAGAGACUCCAGUGGUGGAACUUAACGAAGUAAAAGUAGUAAAGUACUGUAGUUAAGCAUAAGUUUUAGGUAUCUGUCCUUUACUUAAGUACAUUUUACACUGUGUACAUUUAUGAGCAGUAUCUGUACUUUCUACUCCACUACAUUUUCGAACUGACCUGAAAAGUAAAAGUAUUUUUAUUAUUGUGUGAGACCUGCUGAAAAGGCUCAGGGUUUAUUUUAACAUGUUCAAAAUUUGAACAAACAAAAAUAUACAAAUAAAAACAGGAAAAAAAACCUUAUUGAUUCAGUUCAAAGCUUUAUCAAAAUCACCACAUUUGAAGCUUUAUAAGACUCAAAAUCUGUGAGAAAUACUUUUACUUUUUACUCUUUAAGUACAUUUUAAAUGGGUACUUACUUACUUUUACUUAAGUAGAUAUUUUUAUUUGAGUAUUUAUUUUUUGCUCCAGUAUCUGUACUUUUACUUAAGUAACAAAACUGGGUACUUCUUCCACCACUGCUGUAUUCUGAAUACUUAGAACUUUUAAAUCAACUUUACCAUAUGAGUAACUGUACAUGAAUAUAGUUAUUCAAAAUGAGUAUUCAGAAUGUGUAUUCUCAGUAUAUGUGUUCUGUUAUUUCCAUCACUGUUUAUGCACAAUGACGUUCAGAAUAUCUCUCUGGUCUGGUCACACUCCCCUCAGUUAUGAUUUCAGUCUUGAAAAAUGAAGGUUUUCCAUAAUUUUGAAAAUACUCUGGACUGGUCUGAACUGGAUCCCAACAAUGUACAAGGUCAACAACCGAACUGACCAGGUCGUAUAGAGGCUAUAGUCCUGAGUCUACAGCACAUUUACAGAACAGUAGCUGCUCAAAUACAUACACACAGGCAGAACACACAUGGUAAAAAACAUUCAGUACAUAUAUAAAAAUCAUAUAACAAAAUACUACAAAUGAACAGCUAAAGGUGUAAUAAAGCCAAAACAAAUAGAUGUGUCUUAAGAGCAGAUUUAAAAGACUGUAAAGGGUGCAAGAGAGGGAGCAGCUCUUAAUUAAAGCUGGUUUUCUAACCUCUCUGAUCUGCUUUCUUGACCUCACUGAUCUGCUUUUUCGACCUCUUUGAUCUGUUUUUCUGACCUCUCUGAUCUGUUUUUCUGACCUCUCUGAUAACAUUUUCUGACCUCUCUGAUCUGGUUUUCUGACCCCUCUCAUCUCAGUCCUUUUAGGUUUUAGCUCAGAGCUGAAACAUGCCUCUGUUCUUAUGUUAAUGUUCAAGCAGAUGCCGACACUUCCUCUCCCAGGCUCUCCUGGGCCCUUCCAGUCUCUCUUGGGCACUUCCGGGCCCUCCCGGGCUCUCCUGGGCCCUCUCAGGCUUUCCCAGGCUUUCCCAGGCUUUCCCAGGCUCUCUUAGGCUGUCUCAGACCUUCCCAGGCCAGCUGAGUCCCUGUACUCUGAGCUCAUCCCUCUUUCUAACGGGGGAGGGCCCCCUGCCCUCCAGAGGAAAAGCAUUUUGACAUAGUCGCUUAUCCCGCUGAAGCAUAUGCCGUAAACAGGUUAAAGUCUCUGUUUAUAAUAUUGUGCCCAUCUGUUGCCAAUGGUGACUUGUGUUUGUUUGCUUUUCUUCAUUGUUUGCCUUCAGCUGUUCUUUCUCAUGUCUCCUGGCUCCAUGGCUCCUUCUGUCCGGCCUGCAGCCUUCUUUGGCUUUAUUGUUUGGGUGAUAAAAUGCCACAUAGCAACCAUUAUGCUUGUUAUUGUUCAAUGUUUGGAUCAUCUCUAAGACAACCCUGUCCCCCUUAUAAGGCUGUUAGGUGUGAUGUCACUUCCGGGUCCAAGGUGCAUCAGCUGACUGAAAACAAUAGACCUGUUUAAAUCUCCUCUUUUGAAAAAGGGAUUGCAGUCGUUUAGGCUAAGCUAGCGUUAGCAGUGACUGUAACACCUCAGUUGUUGAAAAUUCUAUUAUCUGGACAAAACCUUUUAGAGUGUGUUCAUCCAGUCCUGGUCAGAGAGGUAUAAGGCAGUGUCCACCUGCAAUCUGACCAAAACGGAUCAGGUGUGGACAUGCCCACACAUGCAAACUCCAGUCUACAAAUGAAGGCCCCGUCUGGUACAAGACUCAAAGUUCUUAAUGUUUAUAUCAUAUUUAUUAUUAUGAAUGUUAAUAUUUAGUGGGACAACGUUCAAAAUGACUUUGCAGCGGCUCACGUUGUGAUACACUCCUCCUUUCAGUGUAUUUUAGUUUGAAAAAGUGAAAUACCUCUAAUGUCUUAGCUCCGCCCACUCUGAAUGUAACAGGAGAGAAAUGGACUCUGGGUAAAUAAAUGUUCUC